AUGCAGCAGCACUCGAGCGGCGACACCGAGAGGAGCGGUAAGCGCAAAUCGAUUGGCAAGAGGAAGCUUUCUGAUCACGGAGAGCCAUCGCAGCCGCAGUCCCAGAGGACUAUCUCUGAACUUCUGUCAAAGAACCUCCCUCGGGAUAGCCUGCCGUCAACUACCUCCCCAGUCUCCAAACGGUCCCGUUUGUCCCUCUCUCCCUCGCGCUCUUCGGCUCACCCAGUCUCGCCCACCAAGAUGUAUAACUUCUCCGGUUCGCCACCCAAGAACGGCGCUGCCUUUGGACGAAGCAUUCCAGCUAUGAAUCCCUCAUCAAUCAAGAAGCCGGCGUCGAACCCGAAUGCGCGACAGAAUAACUUCAGUCCCCAAGCUGGUGCCAAGAAGCUCGUCGUCAAGAACCUGCGCACCGGACCUCGGGUCAGCCAGGAGCCAUAUUUUGACAAGAUCUGGGCGCAGCUCGAUGCGGCCCUGUCGGCCAUAUUCGAGGGCAAGAAGCCGGAUAUCUCUUUGGAAGAACUAUACAAGGGCGCCGAGAACAUCUGUCGGCAAGAGCGGGCCGCCCUACUGGCUAAGAAAGUCCAAGAAAGGUGCAAAGACUACGUUGCUGGAACCCUGCGAGACAAUCUGGUGAAAAGAGCAGGUGGCGGGACCAAUGUUGAUACAUUACGGGCAGUGAUCGAAGCAUGGUCGGCGUGGCAUUCACGACUAGUCACUGUUCGCUGGGUAUUUUAUUACCUCGAUCAAUCCUUUCUUCUGCACUCCAAGGAAUUUCCCGUGAUCCGGGAAAUGGGAUUAAUCCAAUUCCGCUCCUACAUUUUCGCCGAUCGAAGCCUCAAGCCCAAGAUAUUACAAGGUGCCUGUGAUCUCAUUACCGCGGACAGAGGUGGGGAAGGAGGUGGAAUGCCUGAUCCUGCGUUACUGCGGGCUUCUAUCGAUCUCUUUCACAACCUCGAUGUCUACAAUAAUGAUUUCGAGCCUUUGUUCAUAAACGAAACCGAAAAGUUCGUGGCUACUUGGGCUCAGCAGGAGGCUGAAGGGGACCUGGCAUCGUAUGUUGCCAAUAGCCACGGAUUGAUUGAGCGUGAGAUCGAGCGCUGUGCGCUGUUCUCUUUCAACCAGAGCACAAAGCAGAAGCUAUCGGAGCUUCUGGACCGAGUUCUGGUUUCUGAGCAGGAGGAUGAUCUUCUUGCAAUGAAUGAUGUCCUUGGCUUGAUGCGAUCAAGUAAUAAGAGCGCUUUGAAGCAGCUCUACUCUCUUCUCAGCCGGAGAGGCUUGACCAACAAAUUGAAACCGGCUUUCAAUACCUUUAUUGUGGAAGAAGGGUCCAGCAUCGUAUUCGAUGAAGCCAAUGAAUCAGAAAUGGUCGUACGCUUACUCCAGUUCAAACAACAGCUAGAUGCUACCUGGGCAGAAGCGUUUGAUCGAGAUGACGACCUCAGCCACGCUCUUCGUGAGGCCUUUGCCAAGUUUAUGAACAUUGGAAAGAAGUCCGAAUCUAGCGGUGGCACGGACAAUACGAAGACUGGUGAGAUGAUUGCCAAGCACGUCGAUCGACUGCUGAAAGGCGGGUUGAAGGUAAUGACCACCGGCGUGGUCGGCCAGGAGGACGUUACAAUGGCGGAUGAAGAUGCCGAGAUUGACCGGCAACUUGACCAAGUCCUCGAUCUAUUCCGAUUUGUGCAAGGAAAGGCGGUGUUUGAAGCAUUUUACAAGAACGACCUUGCUAGGCGUUUAUUAAUGGGCAAAAGCGCCAACGACGACGCGGAAAAGAGCAUGCUCGUGCGACUCAAGAAAGAAUGCGGCUCAAGCUUCACUCACAAUCUGGAAUCGAUGUUCAAGGACAUGGAUGUGGCGCGUGAUGAGAUGGCAGCUUUCAAUGAGGAUAAAAUUAUGAGAGGACGGUCGUCGAUUGAUUUGCAUGUCAGCGUAAUCUCUGCUUCUGCGUGGCCAUCGUACCCGGACGUCCCGGUGACGAUUCCACCGAUCGUUGCAUCGGCUCUCGGCGACUUUGAGAAAUUCUACAGCAAAAAGCACACCGGUCGCAAGCUUCAAUGGAAGCACCAGUUAGCGCAUUGUCAACUACGUGCUCGCUUCCCCAAGGAGAAGGUCCCGAAAGAUCUGGUCGUCAGCUCCUUCCAAGCCAUCGUGCUGCUGUUAUUCAAUGAUGUUGCCGAGGGCGACAGCAUGAGCUAUGCUGACAUCAAGGAAGCGGUUGGGCUUUCGGAUCCGGAGUUGAAGCGCACUCUGCAAUCGCUCGCCUGCGCCAAGUAUCGAGUCCUGACCAAAAACCCCAAGGGCAAAGAAGUCAACACCACAGAUCAGUUCUUGUGGAAUGCAGGUUUUACCGAUGAAAAGCGGCGCAUCAAGAUCAAUCAAAUCCAGCUGAAGGAGACCAAAGAGGAGAACAAGACAACGCAUGAGCGGGUAGCGGCAGACCGGCAUUACGAGACGCAGGCGGCCAUUGUGCGGAUCAUGAAGGGUACCAAGGAGCCGAUUACGCACCCUCAGCUCAUUGCAGAUGUCAUCAAGGCGACCCAGCACCGCGGCGCACUCCAACCGGCCGACAUUAAGACCAAUAUCGAAAAACUGAUUGAGAAGGACUACAUGGAACGUGUCGAGGGUAAUAAGUACAGCUAUGUGGCAUAG